AUGAAGCUAGUGUUGGUUUGUUCUCUGCUCUCUCUUCUGGCAGGGUACAUCUGGGCAGACACUCGGGCCAUCGGGGCAGAGGAAUGCCGCCCCAACUCGCAGCCCUGGCAGGUAGGCCUUUUCUUCCUCACCCACCUCUUCUGUGGGGCGUCCCUCAUCAGUGACCGCUGGCUGCUCACAGCCGCCCACUGCCGCAAACGGUACCUGUGGGCUCGCCUUGGGGAGCACCAUCUCUGGCAAUGGGAGGGUCCAGAGCAGCUGUUCCGGGUCACAGACUUCUUCCCUCACCCUGGAUUCAACCAAGACCUCAGUGCCCAAGACCACAAUGAUGACAUCAUGUUAAUCCGCCUGCCCAGGAAAGCACACCUGGGUCCUGCUGUGAAACCCCUCAACCUCAGCGAGACCUGUGUCUCCCCAGGCACCCAGUGCCUCAUCUCAGGCUGGGGGGCUGUGUCCAGCCCAGAAGUGGAGUACCCAAAGACUCUGCAGUGUGCCAACAUCAGCAUCCUGGAGCCCAAACUCUGCCAUUCGGCAUACCCAGGCCACAUCUCUGACCGCAUGCUGUGUGCCGGCCUGUGGGAGGGCGGCCGCGGCUCCUGCCAGGGUGACUCUGGGGGCCCCCUGAUUUGUGAUGGGACCCUGGCCGGAGUGGUCUCUGGGGGCGCAGAGCCCUGCUCCAAACCCCGGCACCCCGCCGUCUAUACCAGCGUAUGUCACUACGUGGACUGGAUCAGAAAGACCAUGGAGGAAAAUUGAGCCCCUGCUUUAGUAAGCUAAGAGAGGACUCUGGGACGGAGGUCAGGAGAGCUGCAGGGCUCCAGCCUCAAAUGGCCUCAGCCCUGGGCCUGCAGCUGCUCUUCGGACUGUUCUGCAUAUUCAGACUCCGCCCCCUCAGCCACUCUGUAGCCCUGCCCCCUGGGACGGUGCAAAGAGAAGCCUCCGCCCCUCGUGGUCUCGUCUAUGUGACGUCACCGACAACUGACACCACUCCCAUGGAACAAAGCUCCUCUGCUGGAUCAGUCCCUUGGAAGCUUGCACAAUGGAACUUACAGUCUGGCCUCCAUCCCUUGUGGCUCCGCCCUCUUAGCGCAGGGAUCCCGCCCCCAGUGAGGUCAAGGAUGUCGAGGAUGCUAUAGCUCCGCCCACUUG